CAUUGAUAGUGUGCCAGUGCAAGAAACGCAGGAAGGAGCCUGUGCUAGAUUAUGCUAGUGGGUCACCAUUGAAUUGUGCCAGAUUUGAGUGAGCUUAAGAGUGACUCCCUCGCUCAUCCACUCACUCACUCACUCACUCACUCACUCACAUACUCACUCACCAGUCGAUACCUUAAUGAUAAGAAAUGAGCGAGUUCGUGGACAGUCCCCGCCCCCUUGCGUAAAAAAGCUCCUGAGCGGCGUGAUUCUAUUGAGCGCUCUUCGCCAACCGAAAGCGUGUCGACCUUUCCGCGUGGAGAAACAUUGGGGGAUAGAGACCACAAAUCUCAGUUCGCUCGGUUUAAAUUAGGAUGGAGAGAAUGUGAGUGAUUCACGGCUUAGAAAUAAAGGGAAAUCGUCGCGGCUGGCGCUCAAAUCCUCACCUCGAUGCGUUGGCAGCGAUUUUUCUUUUGAUUCACCACCAGCUACGAAGAGCACUACCACCGCCAGUGCCAGCGCCCGCCACUGCUACUCCUCCGCCAAAACCCUCGUAUACCGGCUACGGCCUAACGAAUGCCCGGCGACGGUGUGUUUGUCUCCACAGGCACAAACACAGACACAGGCCCACUCAUUCCCUAAAAGAUCGGGACUUGUGAGUCUCCUCUGGCGGCCGGAUGUACGGCGUGAAACCCCAACCAACUUGAGGGACUUCCAUCGAGAGAGCCCCUCUUGAAUCGGGAGAGACAGCAGCCAUGAAGCCGUUGAGCCGUUGAGCCACUGAGAAAAGCGGAGGAGAGACUUGAGAAGCGACGGAAGCUCCCUUCAAUGAUGGGAUAGCUAGCUCGGGAACGCUUGGCUGCUCGGGGCGAUGCCCUCUUCAGUGUCGAUCCUGGGAUCAAAGGAGCAUGAGUUAUUAGCAACAAGGAAAUCGGAUAUCCCUCCCCUCACCCACCACCUCUUCAUUCAUCGAAUCGUCUUUGAGAUUGCAAUCAAAAAAGACAAAGUGCAAAUGGUGAAUCAAUAUUUGAUAAGUGGAUUGAAAUGACAGUGACCUCUUCAAAGGAAGAUUCUACGCUCGCCAAUAGCCACAGCCGAUUCGACCGGAACAUCUCGAACACUGACAGACUGGAAUUGCAUUCCGUAAUGAAUUCGCCUAAUCAUGAGGAAGUAGCGGAAGUUGAACAUCAGCGGGACGAUGAAGAAGCCACUUCAAACGUAUCAGAAACAGGCCAAACGAGAACCACGGUGGCGUCCCGCUCAUCAGGAUUCAUGAUCACCGAUAUCUUAGCCAACGCCACGAAUCAAGACGAUAUUCGGGCCAGGUUGAACUUUGCAGCCGCUUCCGCUGCAGCAGCGGCUGCGGCUCGUUUUGGGACUGUUCCCGAGUUCUUGGCCGAUCACUCGGGACGAAGUCCCGUUUUUCAUGGCCACAGUCAGCACAAUCCCAUCCAUCACAACGAUUUGAGUGGGGAUGAUGAAUUGAGUGAGGAUGCAGAGUCGGGUAGCACAAAGGACAACUUGUAUGAGACAGAUGACGGCAAUCCUGAGGGAGGCGGAGAAAAUGGUGGCGGGAGAUUUCCGAGUGGAUCGCAAUCCUCGUCAGAACAUUCUCGAAAACAAAGAAAGGCUCGAACUGCUUUCACCGACUACCAGCUGCAAACUUUAGAGCGAAGCUUCGAGAAGCAGAAAUAUCUGAGCGUCCAAGACCGGCAAGAGCUGGCAGCUAAACUAAAUCUUACCGACACCCAAGUGAAGACAUGGUAUCAGAAUAGGAGAACAAAAUGGAAACGUACUACUAGUGUAGGACUUGAGCUAUUAGCUGAGACUGGUAACUAUUCAGCACUUCAAAGUCUCUACCGUGGCGCCUCUCCGUAUGCUUUGGCGGGACUCUCGAGCAUUCCGUAUCAACCCAAUACGGCCCUACUUGCAGCAUCAUCCGGCAUAUCUCCCUUGGAGUUGUAUUACCGUCAAGCAGCCGUAGCCGCAGCCGCAAUGCAACAACAACAACAGCAGCAGCAGCAGCAACAAACCCAACAACAGCAGCAGCAGCAACAACAACAACAACAACAACAACAACUCAAUAAACCUCCUCAGUCUCCACAUUCUCACGGCCCAGUUGUUGUUUCUCCUCCUCAGCUCGCCUUUCCUUUGGCAACAUCACUCUUGCCUUCCAGCCCCACAUUACUAAAUACUCAAAGUAGUCAUCAUCCUUCAACAUCCCCAGGUCCCUUGUCAUCUUGCAAUCUAUCAGACCAUUUGCGAAGACCCUCGUCAUCGGAGGUUACUCCAAGUUCGAUCUCAAUAUGUGGCCAAUCUCCCGGAGGUGUGGGGCGAACGUCAAGUUCCACUAUCACCACUGCAAUGUCCCCUGCUUCGAUUAGCUCCGUGGGCGGUUCAUCUUUGCCCUUAAAACCAGUUCCAUUGUUAUUUGGUGGCCCCUCGGCCGCGUCCCAUCUCUCGGAGUCCAAUGAUGAUUCGGAUUAGAGCCCUGGUCGAGGACAGUCGGGUGAAAUCUGCACAAAUUUAGCUCCAGAGGUGCUUCUCUGUUUUCCCUUUGUCUCUUGAUGGUUUGAAAGGAUCUCCCAGGUCGUACAUAGACUUGCUCAUCUUGUCUCAUUUUGUCCAGAUCGAGUAACAAACCCAGAAAGCGUCUGAUCUGUCAUUUCUGGGUCGAUUCGUCAGCGGCAUUUUGGAAAUUGAUUUGUUAUCUGUUACUUGUUUUGUUAACCCUUUUCACCACCAGCUAUCACCUUCACCUCAGUGGAGUCUCUAUUUGCCGCCGAUACCGCCGCUACUGACGCCGCUGCCGUUGUUGCUUUAUUGAUGUGAUGCUGCCAUAUUUUAUUCUAUAGACGAACAAUUAAAAGUAAUGUGCCAAUGCGAUUGGUCGUCUCAUCUUCUUUAAUGAGGACAUAUUCGUCCCUCCAUUCCUUCUCAACAGCCUAGAUUCCCUUGGCCGGCUAAUCAGUUCCCUAUUUACUGUAUUAACUAGACCUAGUUAAUCUUCAUAAAGAUGUCUUAUUGUGUGACAA